CUCAGCAUAGGCACUUCUUCAGGAAGAAUCAUUCUGAUAACCAGAGGAUAGUCUGACUUUAUUCUCAGCUAUAUCUAAUAGAAUGUAUUUUGUGCUCAGUGCUGUUUUGCCUCUGCUCAUUCUUUCCUUUGGGGAAUGUGCAAGUGUCAAUGACACACAAAACAGAAUUGUCUUUCUGUAUCCCAGUACGAUCAGUGUGACUAAUGGACAGAUGUGGGGAUCAUGGGGACCAUGGGCAAUGUGUCCUUCGGGCACCUAUGCUACGGGCUUUACCCUCAAGGUUGAGUCAAAUCAGGGGUACUGGGGUGAUGACACGGCCCUAAAUGGAAUUGCCCUUCAAUGCUCUAAACCCAUCGGCACCUCCGGUAUUGUUGGGGGCUACACAACAGUCAGUUCUUCUGUAGGAAGCUGGGGGUCUUGGAAACAGAACAUUUGGUGCUCCAGGGGAGUGCUGAGAGCUUUCCAGCUGCGAGUGGAGAGUUAUCAGGGAAUAUUCGUAGAUGAUACCGCUGCUAACAACAUCAGGUUCCAAUGCACAGGAGGCCAGGUGUUGGAAGGAAGUGGUAUGGGCUGGGGUACCUGGGGUUACUGGAGCUCAGUUUGUGGUGGAACUGGGAUUUGUGGGAUCCAAACUAAAGUGGAGCCGCCUCAGGGUGCAUGGGAUGACACCUCUCUUAAUGAUGUCCGCUUCUCUUGCUGCUAACUAAGCAUGACUUGACAAGACGAGAACAUGAACAUGAACAGCAACUACUACAUAUAUAUAUAUAAUCAAAAUAAUGAUCUCUUUAUUUCUCAUGAAAUCAGUUGUCUGAUUGGAUAAUCUCUGAAAGAAUUAUAGUCAGUGGCAUAUCAAUCUUUCACUAAUCACAGAAAUGUACUCGCUGAUGAUUUAGUCUUAUUCGUUAUCCUUUGCCUGUACUUUAAUGGAAAAUCAGUUUUGAAUUUCUUUCUGAAAUAAAACAUUUAACAGCUUCAA